CUCCUGAGGCUAACCAUGCUAACUUGAUCAAAGCGGAGUCCGGCUGAAGAGGGUUAUACCCGGGACCUCAAGCCAUUUAUUUCUCACCUUAGUUCUACUAGUCCAUCACGUCAUUCAUCAGAUACAACCGGAGCGGGAACACGUUUGUUUAAGUGGACUUUGGGCACAUUUUCGGGAUGUUUUCACCUCAGACUCGUCUCUGUUAGCCCAGCAUGCUAAGCGAAGCUAGCGUAGCUUGCUAGCUGAAAGAGACGGAGACGGAGCUCGGCCACACACCGAUAGUCGGAGAGACUUUUCGAUAGAGACUAAACUGUAUUAUUCAUGGCCCCACAAUAUCCAGAUGAAAUAUGAAAGGUAUAUGUGCUGUUCCCUGUAUGUGAAAUCUGACAAACGUGUGUUUGAACGUGUUUUGUAAUUGUUCAAAAAAUGUCUAAAGCACAAAUACUGAGAUCUUUAGUCAACCAGAGACUCACUGCAGCUGCUGAAGAGAUAUUUGAGCUGUUUGAAAGAACGAUAGCAGAGCACGAGGAGGAACUUUCUCGUUCCAAAGAGGAGAACGAGCGACAACGGAAACUCCUGGAUGCUGUUUUCAUCCCUGUAGUCCUGAUUCAAAGAGCAGUGUUUCCUGCAAACCUCAAGAAGUUUACAGUGGUUAAAGAAGAGGUUCUACCUGAGCAGCAGGAGUGGAGCUCAAGUCUGGACCAGGAGGACCCAGAGCCCUCACACAUUAAAGAGGAACAGGAGGAACUCUGGACCAGUCAGGAGGGAGAGCAGCUUCAAGGACUGGAGGAGGCUGAUAUCAAGUUCUCAUUCACUCCUGUGAAUAGAGAAGAAGAUGAAGAGGAAGCUCAGUCCUCACAGCUUCAUCAAAGACAAACUGAACAGAUGGAAACAGAAACUGAUGAAGAGGACUGUGGAGGACCAGAACCAGACAGGAACUCAGAUCCAGACAGUCCUUUAGAACCAGCUGCUCAUGAGACUUCACACGACUCUGAGACUGAUGACAGUAGAGAUUGGGAGGAGACUAAGGAACCUCAGUCAGAUUUAAACUCUAUGCAAAGCAAUGAAGUACCUGUAAGUGACAUGGUUUGUAAUACUAGAAACACAUCAAUUAGCUCCUCUGAAUGUGCUGGAAGCUUUGGCAACAAGGGACAUCUGAAGAUACACACUGAAAUCCAAACAGGAGUGAAACCAUUUCAAUGCUCAGUCUGUGGGAAAGGAUUUACUUUGAAGAGUUCUUUAAAGACUCACAUGAGACUUCAUACAGAAGAAAAACACUUCAGCUGCUCAGUUUGUAAUAAGAAAUUCAGAACCAGUGGCUAUUUAGUUGAACACGUGAAAAUCCAUUCUCAGGAGAAACCAUACAGUUGUUUAGUCUGUGAUAAAAGUUUCACAAGGCAAAGAUAUCUGCGACAACACUCGCUCGUCCACACAGGGGAGAAAUCAUUCAGCUGUUCAGUUUGUAGUAAGAGUUUCACACGAAAGACAGAUCUGAGACGACACUUGCUCAUCCACACAGGAGAGAAACCAUUCAGUUGUUCACUUUGUAGUAAGGGUUUCACACGAAAGGGACACCUGAGACGACACUUUUCUGACCACACAGGGGAGAAACCUUUCAGUUGUUCAGUUUGUAGUAAGGGUUUCACACAAAAGACAGUUCUCAGACGACACUCGCUCGUCCACACAGGGGAGAAACCAUUCUGUUGUUCAGUUUGUAGUAAGGGUUUUGCACGAAAGACAGAUCUGAGACAACACUCGCUCGUCCACACAGGGGAGAAACCUUUCAGUUUCAUAUCUGGGCUGUUUGAAAGAACGAUAGCAGAGCACGAGGAGGAACUUUCUCGUUCUAAAGAGGAGAACGAGCGACAACGGAAACUACUGGACGCUGUUUUCAUCCCUGAAGUCCGGAUACACAGAGCAGAUUUGGUGACAAACCUGAGGUCUUUCUUGCUCAUUUGUCGGAUUCAACUUUGUGCUUUUGCUGUCGCUAUGCCGCGCUACAAAUCAAAUCCCGAUAAGCGCAGAAAAAAGGAUGCAGAGAGAAAGAAAAGAGCUCGCAUGGCAGAAACACUACAACAAAGAGAGUGUCGCAAAAAAAAGGAUGCAGAGAGAAAGAAAAGAACUCGCAUGACAGAAACACUACAACAAACAGAGUAUCGCAAAAAAAGGGAGUCAGAGAGACGGAAAGUAGCUCGCUUGACAGAAACCGAACAACAAACAGAGUAUCGACGGGCACUUUAUAUAACCAAGAAACGUCAACAACUAGCAAACGAAACGCCAGAAGCUGCAAAGCGCCGCAAAGACUCGCACAGACUAGCCAUGGCACAGCGCAGAGCACAACAAAGGGCAGAGGCUGCAGAACUUGGUCGAGCUCUGCACAGAGAAGCCAUGGCACAGCACAGAGCACAAGAAUCUCCAGAGGCAGCAGAACGCCGGCGAGUCUUGCACAGACAAGCAAUGGCACAGCACAGAGCCCAGGAAUCACCAGAGGUUGCAGAACGUCGGCGAGCACUGCACAGGCAAGCCAUGGCACGGCACAGAGCACGGCAAACACCAGAGGCUGCAGAACGACGGCGAGCUUUGCACAGACAAGCCAUGGCGCGGCGCAGAGCACGACAGAAGGCCGAGGCUGCAGGACACGGUCGAACCUUCCACAUACGAACCAUGGCACAGCGCAGAGAUGUCCAGCAGCUGUUGAUGAGAAGAGAGGUGGCUUCCCCUGAGCAGCAGGACUGGAGCUCCAGUCGGAACCAGGAGGACCCAGAGCCCCCACACAUUAAAGAAGAACAGGAGGAACUCUGGACCAGUCAGGAGGGAGAGCAGAUUCAAUGGCUAGAGGAGGCUGAUAUUAACUUCCAAUUCACUUCUGUCCCUGUGAAGAGUGAAGAUGAUGAUGAUGAUGAAGAGGAAGCUCAGUCCUCAGAGCUUUAUGAAAGCCAAACUGAGGAGAACAGAGAGGCAGAGCAUUUGAAAACAGAAGCUGAUGGAGAGGACUAUGUAGGACCAGAACCACCCAGGAACUCCGAUCCAGACAGUCCUUUAGAACCAGCUGCUUGUGAGACUUCACACUACUCUGAACCUGAGACUGAUGACAGUAGAGAUUGGGAGGAGACUAAGGAACCUCGGUCACAUUUAAACCCUCUGCAAACUACUAUCAGUGAUAUGGACAGUAAUACUGGGACAACAUCUAUCAGCUCUUCUGAAUGUGCUGGAAGCUUUGGCAACAAGGGACAUCUGAAGAAACACACUGGAAUCCAAUCAGGAGUGAAACUAUUUCUUUGUUCCAUUUGUGGCAAAAGAUUUGCACGCCAAAGUAUUCUAAGACGACACUUGACUGUCCACACAGGGGAGAAACCAUUCAGUUGUUCAGUUUGUAGUAAAAAGUUUGCACACGAUUUCAAUCUCAGAACACACUUGACUGUCCACUCUGGGGAGAAACCCUUUAGUUGCUCAGUUUGUAGCAAAACAUUCACACUAAAGCAAAAUCUGAGACGGCACUCGGCUACUCACACAGGGGACAAACCAUAUAAUUGUUUAGUUUGUGGUAAAAAAUUUGCACAAAAGGGACAUCUGAGAAGACACUUGACUGUCCACACGGGGGAGAAACCAUUCGGUUGUUCAUAUUGUAGUAAAAAAUUCACACAAAAGGGAGAUCUGGAACGACACUUGACUGUCCACACAGGGGAGAAACCACUUAGCUGUACUGUUUGCGACAAAAGAUUCACUCGGCUCUGUUAUGUCAAAAAUCACAAGUGUGUCGGUUCGAGCAGCUAAGAUCUGUCAGACUGGUACGGACUCCAUAAUAAGCUUUUUUUUUCAGCUAAAAUGAACCUACACAACAAUUUAGAUUAUUUUAUUUGU